AUCAAGUUCUAAAUCAAAGAAAACUUCUAAGUGAUCAGGAAGAGAUAGUAGAGAUCGAGCUAGCUAAUAGAUCAAGCGAAUGAGGAGUUUCUCAGUGAUGAUGGUGCUUGCAUUGAUGCUUGUGCUGGUUGCAGCACAAGCUGCUCACUAUUGUGCGCAAGAACCUUCUUCAUCUGCACCUUCCCCUUCAACCCCUUCUACCCUUUCCCCGCAGGAUGGAGAUGCCGGCGAUUGUGAUAAAAGCUGCGCUGAUAAGUGCCACAUUGAGAAAUGUAUCCCAAAGCAUUACAAGAUCUGUAUAGCCCUUUGCAAGCUACACUGCGAGCACCCUCUCUCGUACGACAUCUACCAUUGUACCUCUGCUUGUGCUGCCUCAAUGUCCGCCACCAAGUUAGGCUCAGUGGCAGAUGAAGAUAAAGUGAAGGGAGAUUAUGUGGAUAUCUGCUACAAUAACUGCAAGAAGAAUGUGUAGCUUAUGCUAUAAAAUUAUAAAUGUACUAGUAAUAAGGCAAAGAGAAAUGAGAUGCAUCUAAAAUAAAAAACUUAUUGAUGCAUCUAGCUCCUAGGAUGCUUUGAAUAUUAAGAGAUUGGAGUCUUAUUUUAUUUUCCCAUGUUGUCUUUGGUUAUUUAGUUCCCAAGAAAACCUGUUAGCCCGAGGGCAAGAAUUGUCGAAAUAUGUUCCAUUUUCCAAACUUCAUAAGAUGACAUGCAUUCGGAUAUUAUGAA